AAGAUGCCGCGUAAUUAUGUCUCCUUGGAUGAUAAAGAUGCGUUCCCCAAUUUUGCUGAUCUUCCCUGUGACUACACCUGUCCUCUCGCUCGCCGUGGUACAAACGGAUGUCUCCUUGUUGAGAUAAUCAGCAUUGAGCGAUCCACGCGACUUGUGCUGCGAACCUAUGACAGGGUCAAGUUUCCUGUCACUGUGGCUCUCUAUACCGGAGAUCGAGGCCGUACUCUCACCAAUUGUCCAGAGCUGAAGCCCGGAAAUACACUUCUUUUCUUGUUUCCCAGGCAGCAUUUCUUCGUGGAUGGAUCGGUGGGCAUCCGGCAGGAGGAAUACCGGUCCAUCAAGAUUUUAUCCAUGUCUUUGACUGAGCUUUUUCAAUUGAGCAAGGAGAUGGCAACCUGGCCGGCGAAUUUUGCUAUGCAUAACGAAUGCCAUGGCUGUGAGAAGAAGAACAUCCCCUUGUUGAAGUGCGCCAGGUGCGGAGUGUUUGCAUACUGUGGCAAGGUGAGGACUCGAUAUGCCCUUAGGGAGUGUCCACUACAUUGA